AUGGGGAUCCAAGGGUGGCUUCCAUUAAUGAAGUCAAUCAUGGCUCCGAUCACCAUUGACGAGUUUCGGGGCCAGACUAUUGCUGUUGACAUCUAUUCCUGGCUCCACAAGGGUGCUUUCUCUUGUAGCAUGGAGAUUUGCAAGGGCCUUCCCACCUCUAGGCAUAUUGAUUAUUGCAUGUAUAGAGUGAAUCUAUUAUGUAGCCAUGGUGUCAAACCUAUUCUUAUAUUUGAUGGCGGCCUCUUGUCAAUGAAGAUUGAUGUAGAAACCAAGCAUGCUAGGAAAGAAAACCUUGAACGAGCACUUGAACAUGAGGCUAAUGGAAAUUCCUUGUCUGCUUAUGAAUGCUUCCAAAAAGCUAUUGAUAUCUCACCAUCAAUUGCUUGGGAGCUAAUCCAGGUUUUGAAGAAGGAAAAAGUUGAUUAUCUUGUGGCACCCAACGAGGCAGAUGCCCAGAUGUCGUUUAUGUCCAUUAAUAAGCUUGUUGAUGCAAUCAUUACUGAGGACUCAGACUUAAUACCAUUUGGGUGUGAUAGAAUUAUUUUCAAAAUGGACAAAUUUGGGGAUGGUGUUGAAUUUAGGUGUUCAAUGUUAGGAAAAAAUAAAGAUCUUGAUUUUAGUGGAUUUACUAAAAAUAUGUUACUCGAGAUAUGCAUUUUUAGUGGAUGUGACUACCUACAAUCAUUGCUUGGCAUUGGCUUGAAACAAGCACAUGCACUUGUCCAAAAGUUCGAAAGUUAUAAGAAGGUAAAGAAAUUCUCUUCAUCCAUUGAAUACUUGUUCUAUUUUAAUCCCGAUGUCUUGGUUAUCAAACAAUUGAGAUGCAGUUCUAUUACCAUUCCACCACUCUAUGAGGAAAUUUUUAAAAAAACCAUUUGGGCAUUUCAACACCAAAGAGUUUAUGAUCCUACAAAGGAGGAUAUCAUGGAUUUGUCAGACAUUUCUCAUGAUUGUGCUCUUGAAUUGGAGUUUUUAGGAUCAUAUCUUUUACUUAGUAGAUUCAUCUUAACUAAUCUUACAAUGCUACCACAAAAGUUGGUUCAAGGUAUAGCUAAAGACGAUAUUGAUCCUUUGACAAAGAUGCCAUUCUAG